GUCGUGAUAGCCAAACAUGUUAUUCAUAUCAGGAACUAGGAAGGCAAAAAAUAACUAGAAAAGACAGGUUCUCUUCCGUGUCUCUCUUUAUAAUUCUACAAUACUUUACUUAAUAAGAAUUCUGAGAUUAAAAAACUUGUGUUAAAAUGUCAUAAUUGAUGAGGGAUGACAAUACAUACAAACUGACAAUAUGGAAUAUUUAUUCAAAGUGACUUUAAUUCUGAUAUGCUCAGUUAGAUACAUGGAGGGAAUGGUGUGUCCGGUUGGAUAUAUGACCUCAAGAGACUCUGUAUUAAAGGUGAACUCUGAAAUUAUGACUUGGUCUGAGGCUGCCAUGGAGUGUACAAGAAUGAAUGCUACAAUCAUCACAGUGAAGGACAAUCAAGCUGAACAGGCUGUGAAAGAUGCCAUGAACCGAAACUCAAUAAGGAAAGUGUGGAUAGGAUACUCAAGCAAUACUGAAGUGGGAGAAACAGAGUUGGGGAUAUCAGAUACAACAGAACCUUAUUUUAUAAUGGGGAACAUCUCAGAUGACCAGUUUUCAGCAUCUUCAAGUCAUAGUAGUGGGAUAACCCCAAAAUAUGCUAAUAUCAAUAGUCGUACUGCCUGGGUACCUAAAUAUGGUUAUGUGGGUGAAUGGAUCCAGGUUAAUCUUGGGGAAGCAAUGUGCGUAUAUGGUAUUGUUACAAAAGGACGUGCAGAUCAUCCUCAAUGGACCACUUCUUACAAGUUACAAUACAGUGAUGAUGGUGACCAUUUUACGAAAUUAAUAUACAAUCAACAGGAACAAAUACUACUGGGGAAUAAUGACAGUAUAACACCAGUUUACAAUAACUUUACAAAGCCAUUUGAUGCACAAUUUGUACGCUUAUACCCACAAACUUGGAAUAGCUAUAAUGCAAUAAGAUUUGAUCUCUUGAUCUCACAUCACAGCUGUCCAAGUGACUUUUGUGGAACAUGCCCCUUUGCGGCUAUAAUAAGAGGUGACCUCCAGUUCCAACACAUGUCAUGUUGCUCCAAAUUAGCCUACAUGUGCAUCACGGAAACAGAAUCUUGCAUUCUAACAAAGGAAAAUUCCUCCACUACUGAUACAGUGACAGUGAAUCAAAAUGUCGCAGACAAAUUCUCCCAAGAGUCUGUCUUCAGUCCAUUGGUUAUUGGACUUAUAACUGGAAUUGCUAUAUUAGCCAUCAUCACAAUUAUUCUACUGCUUUUACUGUUACUGACAAUUCAAAAUCGCAAAAGGCAGGAUCACAAAUACUCUUCAAAAGAACCCAGAGACCACCCUACUAACAGCAAGGAUAGAGGAAUGAACCAAAGUGUGGCUAUGGUCCCACCAAACUUACACCUGGACCCUGACCCGAAGGAUUUAUACACACAAAUCAAUGUAAAAACGAAGAGUCCAACAUUACCUGUGGUAUAUUACAACACUAAGGACUAUAACAACGCUACGGAUGAUUAUGCAGAUGAGACUGAUUAUGUGGAAGAUGUGUUAUAUGAUACACCUGCUGAUUCUGAGAACAUUAAUGAUCAAAACAAAAUAGUGUAUCUUGAUGGGAAUAACAAAGACGGAAUUGAAAUGGUCAAAAAUGAUAUAUAUUUAGAUUACUAAAUUGUUUGAUGGGAUGUGAAAAUAUAAUUUAAACUUCCAUUGACUAUUCGAUUAACAUUGACUAAAAAUUCAAACAUCAAUGAUGUCACAGAAAAAUGGGGGAAACCACUGGUUUUAAAGUGUUUUUACAGUGGAUUUAACAGUUAAAGUCCCCGUCUAAAGUUUGAAAAUAGUUUUUUAUCAUUCAUUUACUAUUUGUCAGGACUUAAAAAGUGAUUUUUGAACAAAAAAAAUUUUUUGAAAAAAAAGUUGUGAGCAUUUCAUUUCUCAAAUAUUCAAAUUUCCCGCCAUUUUUCAAAAAAAGUUGAAAUUUCUUAAUCAUCAAAUAUUUCUUAAUGCAUUUCAAAAAAGAUUAUCUUUUUAACACCAAUGCAAAGAUUGAACAAAAGACACACUAUUUCAAUAAUAAAAUGUCAUAUUUAAUGGGCCACUUCAAUGUUUUAGCUUAUCAAAAAUAUUUUGAAACAUUAGUGAUGUCACUAAGGUAACAAAAACUUUUUGAAAAGAAUUGAAUUUUUUUUUUCGAUGUCAAUCUUUUCUAAAUCUGCUAGACUUUCAUAAAAAACAAUGUUGAUUGUCUAACCAGGUUAAAAGGAAGAAUAAAUUAUGUUUUAGAUAUCAUUGUACCAUUGGUUUCUAUGAGAACUAAAAUUUUGAAAUGCAUUUUCUCAGAACCAUUUUCAUGCACUGAUAAGUUCAUUUCUCGCUUGUUUAUCAACCGAUUUUCUAAAUAUUUUCGGAAAAAACAUGAGAGGAUGAAUGCUAU